UUCAGAACUUGUGACUCCCUUUCUUGAAGAUGUUAUUUUCAUGUACAUGUCAUUACUUGCUGCUUUAGAGAAUUUUCCAGAGCUAGUGAAGCAGAUGGCUAGAGAGUAGAAGCCAGAAAGUUAUACAAAGGGAGUUAAGAGAUGAUAGUAUAUCUCAGAGACUGGAGAGGUGAUAUCCAAUGGAAUCAAAUAAGCUCUGGCUUCUCUGUCUGUAGAAGUUCCUUCUUGUGAACACUGUCAUCUAAUUUCUUUCAGAUUUCCAGAGGCUCCAGAAAGAUGUCUUACCAACAGCAGCAGUGCAAGCAGCCCUGCCAACCACCUCCUGUGGUGUGCCCACCUAAGUGCCCUGAGCCAUGUCCACCUCCAAAGUGCCCAGAGCCGUGUCCACCCCCAAAGUGCCCACCUCAGCCAUGUCAGCAGAAAUGCCCUCCUACGCAGAUAUACCAACCCUGCCAGCAGAAGUGUCCUCCUAAGAGCAAGUAACAGCUUCAGGAUUCAUCAGGAACAUGAAAGGAUGAGGACAAUUGGCUCAGACUUCUUCCACAACUCAACCUUCAUUUCGUCAAAGCUAACCAUGGGCACAAC